AUGAGAUCCUACGCUGCCUACACCAUCCUCGCCGCUGAGGCGGCCUAUGCCUUCCCAUGGGUUGUCAACGGACCAGGCGUCGACUCCUCCAUGCUCCCCAACAGGGACUUGUUCAAGCGUCAACAGGUCCCAGAAGGCCCUGGCAGUGCCGCACAAUGCCCUUUCAACCCCAACCACGUUAAUGCUGUCCCCAUCCAGCCAGGCCAGUACAACAACGCCAUCAACGGCAGGGCCGGAAAUGGCGUUGGUGGUUACCAGGUGCCUGCUCCUGGUGAUGCUGCCCAUCGCUUCAUUGCGCCUACUUCGAGGGAUAUUCGCGGACCCUGCCCCGGCCUCAACACCGCCGCCAACCACGGCUUCCUCGCCCGCGACGGCAUCGUCACCUACAACGAACUCGUCGACGCCCAACAGAACGUCUACAACGUCGGCUACGACCUCGCCAACCUCCUCGCCUUCCUCGGCCUCCAAGCCGACGGUGACCUCGUCACCACCAAACUCUCCAUCGGCUGCGAAGCCACCACCCGCACCUCCUUCAACCCCCUCCUGACCGGCAGCCAGCCAGGUCUCGCGGGCCACAACAAGUUCGAAGCCGACACCUCGCUCACCCGCAACGACUUCUUCACCGGCAAGGGCGACAACUUCAAAUUCAACCGCACCCUCUUCGACAUGAUGUCCGCCACCACCGGCGGCCUCCACAACGUCGAAAACCUCGCCAUCUACCGCGGCGAGCGCUGGGACCAAUCCGUGCAGGAGAACCCCAACUUCUUCUUCGGCCCCCUGUCACUCCUCCUCUUCGGCGCCGCCUCCUUCCUCUACGAGCUCUUCCCCUCCGGCCCAGACUACAUCCCCGACCAGGCGACCAUGAACUCUUUCUUCAUCGAGGAGCGUCUGCCGAACAACUGGAUCAACCGCGUGGAACCCUACAGCAACCGUCUCGUCACCCAGGAGAUUCUGAAGAUGUACCUCCUCAACCCACGUCCGUUUGGUGGCAAUGUCGGCGAUAACACCUUUGCGCCGCUGGAUUGGAGAGAUCUUAUCAGCAAUGGAACGAUUGAGAAGGAUAUCCAGCCUGCGGCGGUUAGCUGUUUGCUGUACCAACUUGCUACGCAGAGUGUGCCGAGCACGCUGAACGGGAUUGUUACGCCGACUGUGGAGGCUAUCUCGUUCCUUUUGACGAGGGUUGCGCCUGAGUUUGAUAACUUGGGAUGCCCGAUCCCCUUGACCUAG